AUGGCAGCAAGACAAGGAAUCAGGGUUGCCAUGGAAGCUGGUUUCAAUAGUUUGCUGGUUGAAACGGAUAGUAUGUCUCUCUUUGAAGCUUUGAGGAAGAAAAGAAAACCUGCCUCGCCUUUUGGUUUGAUCCUUAAGGAUAUUUAUAGUUUGAUGUCGCAAUGUAAUCAAAUAUCUUUUAGUUUUGUAAAAAGAGCUGGAAAUGAGGUGGCUCACCUGCUAGCCAAACGUAGCUUGGACUUAGAAGAGCAGCGUGUUUGGCUAGAGGAAGCCCCAGAGGAUGUUUUGCCUUUUGUGGCGAUGGAUAUUGCUAAUCAAUAA